CGAUGGGAAACACAAAAGGGAGAGUUAAAAACCCUAAUCCCAGAUUCCCAAUUGCUCCCAACGCCGCUUCAUCCUCACUUACACCUGCCAUACCAUAAUCGAGUACAGCCAAAGAUGAGUCGGGGAAGCGCAGUGGGAGCGAAGGGGAAGAAGAAGGGAGCGACCUUCACGAUCGACUGCGGGAAGCCGGUGGAGGAUAAGAUCAUGGACAUUGCUUCGCUGGAGAAGUUUCUCCAGGAGAGGAUUAAAGUAGGCGGCAAGGCCGGUGCUCUUGGUGACACCGUUACCGUCACCCGUGAGAAAAGCAAGAUCACCGUCACUUCUGAGAGCAACUUCUCCAAGAGGUAUUUGAAGUAUUUGACAAAAAAAUACUUGAAGAAACACAAUGUCCGCGACUGGCUUCGUGUAAUUGCAUCCAACAAGGACCGAAAUGUUUAUGAGCUUAGGUACUUCAACAUUGCAGAGAAUGAGGGGGAGGAGGAGGAUUAAACAUUUGAUCUACAUUAUUCAUCUAUAAACACCUUCUUUCACCUUGCUUCCUUGGAUGUCUCUUCGUUUGUUGGAUUUUUAUGCAGUUUAACAAUUUUGUUCACCGAGAUUAUCUUGUUGAAUUUGGAUAGCUAUAAGACUCCACCAUUUCAAAAAUAGUUUAUUAUCAUUUUGUGGGUCAGCAGUUGGUGCAUGUGUUUUUUAUGACAAUCUUUCGAAUUUAUCUGAGGUUCUAAAUUAUGCUUUU